AGUUGUUGGUGAAUUAUCCUAUAUUUGUAUACUAAAUUUGAUCGGUGCUGUUUAGGUGAGUGACAAUGGAGAUCAAUGAGGCAAAGAAGCAACUUUUGGAGAAACCAACCAAUUCAGAGUUUGAUGAGCAGAAAGAGUCAUUAGGGAAAAGGCUAUGGAAGGAAAACAAGACGAUGUGGGUGAUAGCGGGCCCUGCCAUAUUCUCAAGAUUUUCAACGUUUGGUAUCACUCUUAUAAGUCAAGCAUUUAUUGGACACAUUGGCUCCAUUGAAUUUGCUGCAUAUGCCAUUGUCAUGACUGUCCUAAUCAGGUUUACUAAUGGUAUAUUGCUUGGUAUGGCAAGUGCAUUGGAAACUAUUUGUGGGCAAGCCUAUGGAGCAAAACAGUAUAACAUGCUUGGAGUGUAUCUACAAAGAUCAUGGAUAGUGUUGUCCUUGACCACAAUCUUACUUCUUCCUAUUUUCAUCUUUACCACCCCAAUUUUAUUGGCUCUAGGCCAAGAUGAAGACAUUGCUCGAGAAGCAGGAAACAUUUCUGCUUGGUUUAUAGCUGUGAUCUUUGCCUACGUUGUGUCAUUCACUUGCCAAAUGUUCCUACAAGCUCAGAGCAAGAACUCAAUCAUUGCCUACCUAGCAGCAAUUUCAAUUGCAAUUCACCUUUUUAUGUCAUGGCUUUUGACAGUUAAGUACAAGUUUGGGAUGAAUGGUGCAAUGACAUCAACAAUUAUGGCAUAUUGGUUACCUAAUUUGGGUCAGCUCAUGUUUAUCAUGUACAAAUGCCCUGAUACAUGGAAGGGCUUCACUUUUCUUGCCUUCAAAGAUCUUUGGCCUAUUGCAAAGUUGUCUCUAUCCUCUGGGGGUAUGUUGUGUCUUGAGGUAUGGUACACAGGAAUUUUGGUUCUUUUAACUGGGAACAUGAAAAAUGCCAAGGUUGCUGUUGAUGCUUUGUCUAUAUGUCUAAGCAUCAAUGGAUGGGAAUUGAUGAUAGCCCUUGGCUUUUGUGCUGCAUCCAGUGUUCGAGUGGCCAAUGAACUAGGAAGAGGGAGUUCAAGGGCUGCAAAAUUCUCCAUUGUGGUAGCAGUUCUCACCUCAUCGGCAAUUGGAUUCGUCUUCUUCUUUGCCUUCCUAUUCCUCAAGAAAAGGCUUGCUUAUGUUUUCACUCACGACCCUGAUGUCGCAGAUGCAGUUGGCGACUUAUCCACUUUGCUUUCACUCUCCAUGCUAUUAAAUAGUGUUCAACCAGUGCUCUCUGGAGUUGCUAUUGGAGCUGGGUGGCAAAGCAUUGUAGCAUAUGUAAACUUAGCCAGUUAUUACCUAAUUGGUAUUCCUGUUGGGGUAGUGAUUGGGUACUUUUUCCAGUUGCAAGCAAAGGGUGUUUGGAUGGGGAUGCAGUUUGGAAUACUUGUUCAAACCAUAGUGCUCAUUAUCAUCACUUGUAGAACUGACUGGGAAAACCAAGUAAAGAUGACACGAGAUCGUGUUAGUAAAUGGGCUGUGGCGGAGACUCAAGAAUCAAAAAAUGGAACAAGUCUUUAGCUUUUGUUAACGCAAUUUCUCAUGUUACAUAUAUUGUAUAUUCUUAAUUACUUAUGCAUGCACAUUACUCUUUUUUACAUUUAUCCUUAUAACAUCUACA